AUGCUUGACGCCACAAUGCGAGCCCAGCUGUCUUCGCAUCGCUCUCCCUCACCUGCCUCUUCCGCUCUGCUUGCACUGCACAUCGUCUCUUCGAUGCAAGAAGCAGAACAGUACGGCGAUGUUGAAAAUGUGAAAAAGUUACAGCAGCAGAUCGAUGACUUGGAAUCGCGAGCAACGGAACUGGAUCGUAGACGUUCGCAGAGUGUCCGUGCCAUUAACUGGAUAAAUCAGCGCAACAGACAGGCAAUUAAGGAUGCAGUCCUCAGUGGACAAAUACAGAUUGAAACGUCCAGUCAAGAUGAUCCUUUCACCCGAAAGAAUGCUCGAAUGAAGCCGGUUUCUGGCAAGGAUAAAUUAGCGCAACAGUCAUCAGACGAGAAGUUUGAAGGGAGCAGCGGUUCACAAGGUAAAAUUUCAUGGAUGAAAUGGCUACAUUUUUCCGAAGUUCAAUCAGUAACAGUAUAA